AUGACGAUCGAAGAAGCCAAGAACACGGGCUCCGAUGCCCAGGCUACGGAGUCAAAGCUUGAGCCUAGAGUUUCUUCCGCAGAGUCUUCAUCUUCAUCUACCUAUGAUGGCCCUCGCGCACAAGUUGCGAAGACUGACUGCGCGUUCGAUGCGACUGAGGAUCCCCGCUAUUACAAGCCCAUUCCCGAAUACGAAGGUAUUCAUCGCUGGGACCCGGAAUUUGAAUGGACGGAGAAAGAAGAGAAGGAUGUAAUUAAAAAGAUUGACUGGCGCGUAUGCACCUUCGCCUGUGUAACUUUCUUCGCCCUCCAGCUUGACCGAGGAAACAUCGUCCAAGCAACAUCAGACAACAUGCUGGAUGACCUGGGCAUGACAACAAAUGACUACAACACAGGCCAAACAAUCUUUUACCUAACUUUCCUUUUCGCUGAGCUGCCUUCGCAACUUCUAUCCAAAUGGCUCGGCCCCGACCGCUGGAUUCCAGUGCAGAUGGUGACAUGGAGUCUUAUCGCUGCUUGCCAGGCAUUCAUUCAGAACAAAAGUGGAUUUUUCGCCACUCGCGCUCUCCUUGGUCUCAUCGAGGGUGGCUUUAUUCCCGAUACCAUUCUUUUCCUUUCCUUCUGGUACAAGUCCAAGGAACUGCCGAUCCGUCUCAGUUACUUCUGGGUCACAUACGAAGCAACUUCCAUCGUGAGCGCUUUCCUUGCCUUUGGCUUCCUCCACAUCCGCCAGUCGGACGGUACCGGAGGCUGGCGGUAUCUGUUUGCUUUGGAAGGUCUAAUCACUGGUUUGAUUGGAAUUGUCGCUGCAUUUUGGAUGCCUCCCUCCCCCACGCAGACUGCAGGUCGGUUCCGUGGUAAGGAUGGCUGGUUUAACGAGCACGAGGAAAAGAUCAUGGUCAAUCGCGUUCUUCGCGACGAUCCUAGCAAGGGCACAAUGCACAACCGCCAAGCCGUUACCCCCAAGCUCCUCUGGCAGGCCCUGAAGGAUUACGACAUGUGGGUCAUCUAUCUUCUCGGUCUCACCUGGAUGAUUCCCAACACCCCGGCAACAUCAUACAUCAGCUUGGAACUCAAGUCUCUGGGCUUCAGCACUUUCCAUUCCAACCUUCUCACUAUCCCCGCAUAUGUAAUCUUUAUCAUCAAUCUGUUGAUCUGGACUUGGUUCUCUGAGCGCUUCAACCAGAGAUUGCUUCUGGGUGUUGGUGCUGAAAUCUGGGCCCUAGCUCUGCUCAUUGCCCUCGAACUCCUCCCUGCCGAUGCCAGCACCUGGGCUCGUUGGGUCUUGCUGAUCAUGUUGAUUGGUAUGCCCUACGUACACGCGAUCAUCGUCGCGAUCACCUCUCGAAAUGCAGGAUCCGUGAGAACACGAACGGUUGCCAGUGCCGUCUACAACAUGAUGGUCCAGGCUAGUAGCAUUAUCGGAAGUAAUAUUUACCGUACUGAGGACAAGCCAUACUACCGCACGGGUAACAAGGUCCUUAUUGGGCUCUCUGUGUGGAGUGCCUUCCUCUUCAUCGUGGCCAAGUUCUACUAUGUCUGGCGCAACAAGCAAAAUGCUGCUAUCUGGGACAACAUGUCCAGCGAGGAACGUGAGAGAUAUGUCGCCGAGAACAAGGAUCUCGGUAACAAGAGAGUCGACUUCCGCUUUUUGCAUUAG